AUGAUGACCACUAAUCCUUUCGUCUUCGCCACACAGGUGAUCGUUCCCGUAAUCACCCAGAUCGUCUUGCCAUCUCUUGGUAAUGUCUGCUUGACCAGCAUUACAACGAGCCCGCUACUGCGCUCUGGACGCGACAUGGAAUUCUGCUUCUCUGCAUUUGGCCUCCCAGCGGCACUCUCCGUGGGGCAUCCGCCCCUUGGUCCUGCUUGGGAGGUGCCAUCGUCAUCAACAGUCAUCGUUCGGUCAACUAUAAAGGAACGCCACCCGCGCUCAGCAAUUCGUGGGCUCGGUGGCUGCGCCACAAUGAUGACCACUAAUCCUUUCGUCUUCGCCACACAGGUGAUCGUUCCCGUAAUCACCCAGAUCGUCUUGCCAUCUCUUGGUAAUGUCUGCUUGACCCGCAUUACAACGAGCCCGCUACUGCGCACUGGACGCGACAUGGAAUUCUGCUCCUCUGCAUUUGGCAUCCCAGCGGCACUCUCCGUGGGGCAUCCGCCCCUUGGUCCUGCUUGGGAGGUGCCAUCGUCAUCAACAGUCAUCUUUCGGUCAACUAUAAAAGAACGCCACCUGCGCUCAGCAAUUCGUGGGCUCGGUGGCUGCGCCACAAUGAUUACCACUAAUCCUUUCGUCUUCGCCACACAGGUGUUUAAGCAAUACUCCCUGUUUUCUAAACGGACGAGCAAUUACUUUUUAGUUCAGCUACCAGGCCCACGGUGUUGUGUUGCUGUCGCUGUUGAAAUUGUUGAUGCAAUUCGAUGUUUACUGUUACUGGCUGGCGAUAUCGAAUCUAACCCUGGUCCUGAUACAUCUGCCGUAUUGUCUGAAUUGCGAAAACUAACUACCGGGCAGUCUCAGCUGAUUUCAGAGGUUAAGAACCUUAAAGACAAGCUAUUAACUACUGAACAAACAUUAACUGUCGUAAGCCAACGCCUAACCGACCUGGAACACCAUUACCAGAACCUUCUCUCAAUCAGGACCGACAUUGACAGCUUGAGGGCCGACUGUACACAAACAGCUGGCUUAGUUUGCAACAUUGAAGCCCAACUGGAUGAAGCAGAAAAUCACUCGCGCCGAAACAACCUAAUAUUUUAUGGUGUUCCUGAAACAAACACAAAAGAAAGCUUCGCUCAGUCAGAGCAACUAAUUAUUGACAUCUGUCGCAACAACUUAGACAUCAAUGUAGAUCCCAAGGAAAUCGACCGUGCACACCGUCUAGGUAAAUUCAGCCAAAACCGACGCCGCCCUAUAAUAGUUAAGUUUACUUUUCACAAAACUAAAUCUGCAAUCCUCUCCUGUGGCCGUAAAUUCAAGGGAACAGACUACAGCGUGGGAGAGGAUUUUUCCACUGCAGUCCGUACUGCACGAAAACACCUUCUUGCUUUUGCUAAAUCUAAAGCAGUCCCAUAUUCCCUGAGGUACAAAACGCUCUUCAUCGGACCGCAGCGUUACAUUUUUGAUGCAUUAUCUCAAACGGUAAAGGAAUGUUCUGUCUAGCAAUCAGCUCGUAAAACGAAAACGCCCUGUCGUACAAAAACCACCCCUUUAAAAGAUCUGUCCUUUUCCAUCAUUUUCACAAACAUACGUAGCUUCUUGCCGAAACGUGAGGCUAUAUCAAAUCUUCUAUCGUCCUCCGCCAGUAAUCUGCUGGUACUAACAGAGACCUGGCUGACUAAUGACGUCAAUGACGUUGAACUUCUUGCUGACUUGCCAAACUUCAAUAUAUUCCGGAAAGACCGCGAGGGCUCCCGAGGGGGAGGCGUUCUCAU